CCCUAUCACUCUCUCACUCUCUCUCUCUCUCUCUCAGUUCCCCGGCAGCCACUCCCGCCGCUCACCCCUCCUCUCUCUACUGCCCCACCGGGCUCCGGCGCCGCUUCUUCUCUCUAGAAGCACGAGUGAUCGGCAACCACACGACGAAAGCUGUUUCCUCUCUCUCGUCUUCUCUCUACGGUGAUCGGCAGCCACACCGGUCUCCCCGCUCUCGGUUCCUUGUUCCAGUUUGCCACUCCCCUUUCCUCUCUCCUGCACCACACGACGGCAGCCGUUUCAUCUCUGCUGUGCCCCCGAUCACUGGCACUCGCUCCCCUCUCGGUUCCCAGAUCUGGUCCGCUACUCCCCUCUCUCAGUUCUGGUCCCCAGCGAUCUCGGCCACCGGUUCCUGCUAUGCCGUGCCCCUGAUCCUGGCAAUCGCUCCCCCCUCUCGGUUCCCAACGCCCAUCACUCCCCUCUCGAUCUGGUGCUAUUGAGACAUAUACCUAAAGCAAGAACAUGGAAGAAGUGGUACUUGGGUAUUCUGAGCAAGAAAAAGAUAAUGCUGAAGUUGGAUGUUCAAGUCAUGAAAUACAUGCCACAAAAAAACCGGUGGCUUUAAUUGAAAAUAUUGUGCCAGAGGCCGGUAUGGUGCUUGAUUCUGAAGAAGAAGUUUAUAAAUUGUAUGUCCAGUAUGCUCGGCAUGAAGGGUUUGGUAUCAACAAAAAAAGCACGAGACUAAGUGAUGAUGGAAAAUUGAAAUAUUACACACUAGCAUGUGCAAGAAGCGCCAAACGAUUAUCUACUUCAAAAAACUCCUUCAACCCAAGGCUAUCCACCAAAGUAAAUUGUCCAGCAAAUAUUAAUGUCAUUGUUGGCAAUGAUGGGCGAUUUACCAUUUCUAGUGUUAAUUUGGAGCAUAAUCAUGCACUUAGCCCACAAAAAGCUCGUUUCCAAAAGUGCAAUAAAAAAUUGAUGCAUAUGUGAAAAGAAGGCUUGAAUUAAAUGACCAAGCAGGGAUAAGUCUAAGCAAAAAUUUUCAUUCCCUAGCGGUUGAAAGUGGGGGUUACGAAAAUUUAACAUACACUGAGAAAGAUUGUAGAAAUUAUAUUGUGAAAGAAAGACAGUUAAGGCUUGGUGUUGGAGAUGCCGCGGCACUUGGAAAAUAUUUCUCUCGCAUGCAACAAAGAAACACAAAGUUUUUCCAUUUGAUUGACAUGAAUGAGGAAGGUCGUUUGAGAAAUGUCUUUUGGGCGGAUGCGAGGUCUAUAGUUGCUUACGAAGCUUUUGGUGAUGUAAUUUCCUUUGGCACAACAUACUUGAUGAAUAAGUAUGACAUGCCAUUUGCUCCGUUUGUCGGUGUAAAUCAUCAUGGACAGACGGUAUUGUUUGGGUGCGGUUUAUUAUCAAAGGAAAAUACAUAAACAUAUGUUUGGCUCUUUAAAACUUGGCUGGAGUGUAUGUCAGGCAAGGCUCCUAAAGCAAUUAUUACAGACUAGUGUAUGGCUAUUCAAGGUGCAGUUAGAUUGGUUUUUCUAAAUUCCCAUCACCGCCUUUACCUUUGGCAUAUCAUGAAGAAGGUUCCUGAGAAGCUUGGAGGUUUAAAUGAGUACAAAGCAAUCAAGAAGAUUUUGAAACGCAUCACGUAUGAAGUAGUGGAUAUUCAUGACUUUGAAGACACAUAUUUGAAGAUGAUGGCGGAGUUUAACAUUGACAAAAAUGAAUGGCUGAAUUCUCUAUUCAAAAUUCGUGAUCGUUGGGCUCCUAUAUAUGUUAAAGGCAUAUUUUGGGUUGGAAUGUCUGCCACUCAAAGAAGUGAAAGUGUAAAUGCAUUUUUUGAUGGUUAUGUUGGUCCAACGACUUCACUUAAGCAGUUUGUUGAGCAAUAUGAUAAUGCCUUAAAAAGCAAGAUUGAGAAGGAGAACAAAGCUGAUUUUGCUUCAUUUAACUCGUGCUUUCCAUUAAUCACUGAUUGCUAUUUUGAGAAGCAACUGCAAGAAGCAUACACAAAUGAAAUUUUUAAAUUGUUUCAAGAUGAGUUGCGAGGAAUGAUAUAUUGCAAUCUAACUCUUAAUGGUUCACAUGGGGCAGUCUGCUCAAUUCAGGUGUCUGACAUUGUGAAAGGGAAAGAAUGCGUGCUUAGAAAGCAAGUCGUAUACAAUGUUUAUUAUAACGAAGAAGAAUUUGACAUUAAAUGCUCUUGUCAGUUGUUCGAGUUCAAGGGGAUUAUAUGUAGGCUCAUUUGCAAGGUGUUUCUUGAGAAGAAUGUGAAAGACAUUCCUUCUAGGUAUAUUUUAUCACGGUGGAGGAAGAACAUCAAACGCAUGCACACAUAUGUACUAAAUUGUUAUGAUGACCCACAAACAAGUGAGGAGAAACAACGGUAUAAUAAAUUGUGCUCUCAUUUUACUAAAGCCGCAGAAUUUGGAGCAGAGUCAAAUGACAAAUACAUCUUCUUGAUGAAAUGUGUGGAUGAGGUAAUUGAGAAGUUGAUGGGCAACACAACUUGUAUGGAAAAGUUUACACCUAUGUCAUUGGAGGCGACUGAUGCACCACACCAAAAUUUUUUGACUCCUUUGAAGGUAAGGAGUAAGGGUCGUCCACCAUCAAAAAGGAAGAAAUCAAAAGUUGAAGAAAUAAUAAUUAGAAACAAGAAGAAGAAGGCACAAACAAAAGGACAUGUUGCACAAGAUGAUCAUUGCACACAAGAGAGCGUGGUGAAUUUAAAUUCUAUAUCGAUUAAUCUGGGUUUUACAAGCCAAUGCAAUGAUCCCUGAUUGAGGUUUUGGGAUUGACAAUGUGGAUGGAGAAACUCACAAGGUUUUGGGGUUCACAAGGUUUUGUAUUCUGAACAAUUUAAUGUUUGAAGGAUGAUGAGUGGAAGCAGGAAAUUUCAUGUUUGAAGGUCUUUUAUUUGGUUAUCAUGUUCUGUAUAUGUUUGAAGGAUGAAAACAAUUUUAUGUUUGUAGGCCAUUUUAUGAUAUUGAACUAUAAUUUGGAAGAAGGAAAUUUCAUGUUUGAAGGUCUUUUAGUUGGUUAUCAUGUUCUGUAUAUGUUUGAAGGAUGAAAACAAUUUUAUGUUUGUAGGCCAUUUUAUGAUAUUGAACUAUAAUUUGGAAGAAGGAAAUUUCAUGUUUGAAGGUCUUUUAGUUGGUUA